AUGGUUCUUGAAAUGCAAAUCUACACAUCUCUUGUUGCCUCUUGUUGUUUCCGUUAUCGGGAUUGUUGCAAGUGGGGAAUGGAAGAUGCUGAGGAUGGAGAUGGAAGAGUUUCACAAGGUCAAGUUUCUUUUGUUUUGACUUUGGUUGGGACAGCAUUUUCAUGGCAGUUGGGUUCUGUAGCAGCCAAUGCACUUAUGUUUCUGGUGUCUUCUCUGUUUUCAAACCUUACGAGUACGCUCUCUCUCAUUAUUGCGCCUCUUGCAGCACUUGUGGUGUUCGAUGACAAGUUGACUGUGGUUAAGAUUGUCGCAAUGCUAUUCGCCAUCGCGGGAGUAGGUUUUUACAUGUACAAGAACUAUCUUGAUGAUUUGAAAGUUCAAAGAGCAAGAAAAACUCAAAGAUGA